AUGUUACUUUCUUACUUUAGCAUUUUUUCUGGUUUCACUAAUCAUUAUUGCAAAUUAUUCACUUGUCUUCAUCAAUCUAUUUAUUUGUUUUCGGAAGUAAAAAAUAGCUAUUCGACUCAUAUUCGCUUCUUACGAGCAUGUUGUCCAUUGAACUUCGGUUUCUAUGACACCGGCCCCAGUAGUUUUGAAAAUCUCUUGAAGGCCUUCAAGUUACACGACUUAUUUCACACGACAAGAAAACCGACAUCGAACUUAGUAAAAAUAUCCCCAAUUUUAGAAAUGGCUAGGGAAAAUUCUCCAUAUAUUCAUAUUGAAAGAACACUCUUAAUUAUUAAGCCGGAUAUUAUUAAUUAUGCAGAUAAAAUAGAAGAACUUAUCUUACAAAAAGGAUUCUUGAUAAUACAGAAGAGACGCGUUCAUUUGACACCAGAACAGGCAAGUGAAUUCUAUGCAGAACAUUACGGGAAAAUAUUUUAUGCAACAUUAAUUGCUUACAUUAGCAGUGGUCCGAUAGAAGUAUUAGUCAUAGCUAGAGAAAAUGCUAUAUCUAUUCUUCGUGAACUAAUUGGUCCACAAAAUGCAUUUAAAGCUAAGGCGACCGCACCUGAAAGUUUAAGAGCUAUUUAUGGUACAGAUGAUCAACAGAAUGGAAUACAUGCAAGCGACUCGUUUACAAGUGCUGAAAAGGAAAUUAGGUUCUUCUUCCCAGAUAGUAAGUAGCUUGAAUGAAGUUUUGUAUUUCUUUCUCACAAAUCUCACCAAACCCUUCAUACUACUAAUAAUUAUAUUCUUACUGAAACUAACUUUGAGGCGAUUUUCGGAGAUCCAGUGAGAAUCUAUGACUGAUGGAAUUGGACCUUGUCGAUAAUGAGAUAAGCACCAUUGAUAGUCACUCGAUAUUGGAGAGUGGCUUGGGUUGAAAACAUGAAUCCCUCGAUGGCAGUUCAGUAGUCUGAAGUCGGGGCGUUUCUGACGAGAACUGGAGGCUCUAUGUUUGACCCCUGGUAAGAUCGGCUAAAGAAGCUGACGAGGAGUCCCAGAUUAGAAUGCAAUGCCACUCCAGUGAUUUCCGAUUUUUAACAGCUUCCUAGCUAAAUCUAGCACCUGAUAUUAAAUAUAAACUAUUUUUACGUUAUGCUUACGUGGCGCCAAAGAAUCACUCAAAAGCUAACUUUAGUUCGUCAUUUUGCCUUAAAAUUGACAUAAUCCCAUUGACUUUUUGUUUACAUUUCAAUUUAUGUACAGUUCACCCACUUUUACAGCAAGAGAAAUAGUUACAGGCUACGUCAUUUGUGCAUUUGUAAGGAAAACCUUAGUUUAAGAUAAGAAUGCCAAGAUAACUCAAACUAGCUUUGAAACAAUGGAGGGUUGAUGACAAUAUGCCUUGAAUGGUCAAAGUUGACCGAGUUUAUCAACAGGAAACUGAAGCUAUAUUGAUGCGUACUGGUUUUUAUCCAUCAUAAAAGUUCAAAAUAUCUUGAAUAGAAAAUUUGCGUGAAUUAUAUGACUAACUAACAUACUGAUCCACGAUUCUCAGACUGUAAGACGGUUCUCUCAGUAUAAAAUAAAAUCCCGUGAAACCCGAAUUUUGUAGUAAAAAUCUACUUUUUCUUGUAGCACAUGUGUAUCGAUAAGUUUAUUUGAAGUUAAUGAAAUUUAUAAAGCCGUCUACAAAACUCGAUACUAGGCGUCAAAUCUACCUUUGGUAGCCACGUCAGUACUUCUCAGAUGAUAAAGUCAAUCAAAUAUGUAAUACAGCCAACAUACCUGAAGAUUUCACUCCCCACUUUUGAACUAGAUUUCAGUGCGGAACCAUCAUUUUACUGCUAGUUUGUAUGAACGUACGGGGUCUAAACCACCUAAAACAUGGAAACAGAAGGCUUUGGGAAGAGUACUUUCAAGAAUACAACAGGUAGAUUGACUAAUCAAAAUAAUUCAAACUUAAAAUAUAUGUCUAAACAAAGUCUUCAUAUUUUUGAAAUUGUGUGGGUACUUUUUCUCGCUCAACGUAAUGUUCUUAUUAUUGAAAUUACUCAUUUAUUUAGUGGUCGUUGCACCGAUUUCCGUUAGGCUUGCAGCAAAAGACUAUUUAGUUCGGAAUGUAAACCCAACUUUACUAAAAGGCUUGAUAGAACUAUGCAAACAAAAGCCUAAGGAUCCAGUAGUAAGUUGAUAUUUCUUGUCGUCUGUGCUUAUUGAUUUUUCCGAAGGUAUUUUCGAACCCACAUGAUAGUAUGUAAUAAAUACAGGCUUAUAAAAUUCUCACGUUUUUAAAUGAACUUGGGCUUCUUUGUUGGAAGCUUUAAUUUCUUACCGUUGAUUUACUAGACUGACUUAAUUAAUCAUCGAAACGUUUUUGUAAUAUUGAAAUGCAUUGAUUUGGAAGUUUACUUUUAUUCCGGUAUAGACUCAAUAAACACUAGGAUGGAGUAUGUAUCUAUUUAAUGAACUCUAAACAUCUUAGGAUUUAAAUCCUUAGUUCCAACAAUGACCAUCAUUAAAGUAAAAGUUCGGAUAAAAUAAUUGUAGUACUUGUAGUGGCAAAAUUGAAUCUGAAAAGUAAGGCAAACCGGGACUGCCACAACUACAUUGGGUAUGGUACUCUCAUUUUGUAGGUAAAAAACGAUUUCGCGUUUAAAACUAAGAGUGCUUGUAAAGAAUUAAUAGAUGACACAAUUCUUUUUUGUUUAAAAAUUAGGCAUUCAAUAAUAUCACAUUGAUCUUUGACAUUAAUGUAAUGAACGAGGCCGUCAAGUCGUCAAAAACAAUUCACGGAUAAGAUUACCUUACUGUUAUUAAGUUUUAUAUGAAUAUCAAACCUCAAUGGUGUUUUAUAAGCUCAGUUAAAUGGCAAGUCAAUGAGCUACUGGGAUGCCAUACUUUGUUUAGACGCAUGGUGACAUCUUUUAUCUGUGCAUCGAUGUUUCAGUGUAAUUAUAUUUUGACAUAUUGGGCGACUUCUUACUUACAUAAUGAUUUUGCGCUUGUGAGUAUCUCAAUGACUCAGAGAAAUCAUAUUCUGCUGCCAAAUAAAAACACAGCUCUCCACAAAGUUCACUAAUUUCAUAUGUAACUUCGGUAAAAUAUUUCCGUCCAUCUAUAAUUUUGUAAAUUAAAAUAUCCCAAUGAUAAAGAAAUAUCAAAUCGCUCUGAACAUUUUUCAACUAGGUUUCUUUCAUUAGCUUUCCAAUUACCAUAUAACUGAGAUUGAUACCCUAUACUAUUUUGAUCAUUUCUUCCAAAUAAAUAAAAAUUUCAGUUAUUAAUUGAGAUUCAUUUUAACGCUGUUAAGCCACAGGAUAUAGAUGUUAAUUCCACAAAAAUUGACUAAUAUUACUCAACGUCUCCUCAACCUUCAUGUACAUAAGAUACUUGAGAAUUUAAACAUUUGACAUUGAAUGAUUUUUAUUGAUAACAAAUACUUGUGUUUGAUUUUCUGAUUGCCUAGCUUUGGCUGGCCGACUGGCUGCUGGAAAAUAAUCCAAAUAAACCUCAUCCCAUCGACAUGGUCACCUCUUGAAACACUAAUAAGAAAAUUUCAAAGAACGUAUGAAGGAUGAUGAGGAUACAGAGUUUCCAAACAAACUUAUAGUCAUUGCUGAAAAUAAAUAUGUAAUUCAAUUUGUAAUGUUUCUUCAUAGUAAUGGAUGUAAAGCGAUAGUGGGUUAUGGUCUGGCGUGAGGAAUUCCGUGUUACCUGUAAUGUAUUUAUGAAUUGACGACUGGGCGAAAGCACAUCAUUGUUAUUUAAUUUAUAAAAGAGUACCAGCAAAUGAACACUUUGGAAUCAUUAAAUAAACAAUUUGCCAAAGCACUUUAACUUGC